AUGGCUGACAAAGUGGAGCCUUUCCGACUCUAUCAUAGGAGUUUGGAUCUGGCCCCUUACCUGGACAACAACGUGUGUGAUGCCUGUCAAUAUCAAGGUGACUACAGAUCAAUAUGUGAUAUUAGGGAGAGUUUCCCUGCCUGUCAGAGAGAAUUAACCUCCUCCCACUUGGAAAAUAAAUCAAUUGAAUGGAGCCUGGUAAGUGAGCUGGCCAAAACCACCCUUGACAAAAAAAACACAGAUCCCUGUGAUAUCAUGAAUGCCACUAGCGCAUUUCAGAGUUGCCAGCAACGUGUGUCUCUGUAUGUUUGCAUGUCUCUGUAUGUUUGAAACAGAGAAUUUGUAACAGUGUUAAGGCCUAUUUUUGGCCCACAAUGAGCAGGGGGCUGAAAAUCUUGCUAUAGAGGAGAAAAUCCUUCUGAUGCAAGUUACCCACAGCAGAAAAAGGGGUUUUAUGUGGCGCUUUUAUUUCAAGUGCAUACAUGAGUUGGGAUAUUUUCCCUCUUUUGUAGAUGCUUCACACAGUAACUGUGCAGGUCUAUGUAAUUGGACUUGCACUGGCUCUGUUUACCAAUUUACUUGUUCUGAAGGAUGCCUAAAUGAUGCCAUUUUGUUUUGAUAGCAUCCAGUUUGUUCACUUGAACAACUGUAGUUUUGUGCAUAUUGGCAGACAUCUGUUUGUAAAACUCUGCUGUGAUUUUUACUUUGUCACACACAGUAUGCUACAAUUAAGACUUUGUCUGGAGAAACGGCACAUAAAAUAAAUGAUUUUUUUUUUUUUUUUUUGGGGGGGGGUUUGUUUAAAUAAUGAAAUCUUAGAGAGAACACUGGUCUUUUAAAGGGAGUCCAAUGUGCAGAUGACCUUCCCAAUUUCACAGGAAGUCCCCACUGUUACUGAUACUGUCCUUCUAAGAAAGUGUUUGCUGCUCAUGAGAACAAUAACAACUCCAUAUUUGACAACAGACUGGGAAAUUACUGAUGCGUCUGGUUGUUGGUUUCUGGAGCACUGGGGACUCUUCUCAGCAAUGAGUAUUUGAAAGGUGUAAUGUAACAAUUCCUCUGCUGCGAUUGAAACACAUAACUACAUCCAGAGCCGUGACUAUAAUAGCCAUGUUCACCACAUACUGUCAUCACAUUGUUCCCCAACCCCCAAAUGUAAACUGCAUUAGUUUUAAUAGCAUAAAAGCUUCGCCUGCUUGUCUGUGAUUUUAACCUUUAGUUCUAGUUAGAGUGGAAGCUUUAAUCUUGAACUCUAUCUUGCCCUUUAUUAUGCAAACUGCAAACUUAAUUUGACCACCAAAAUAAUCAAGUACAGUUUAGCAAGAGAUGGGACGGUGUUAUGACCAUUCAACCGCUUAUUCUCUUAACAGCAAGAACUAAACAAGGACUCCACAGAGCCCUUUUAAAGGAAUGAGAGUGUGGUUUUUAAUUGCAUUUGGUCCAAUUUAAUUAAGAAAUGCCAGAGAAUCCCCUAUGGUAAUUACUGAUUAAAAAGCAGGUGAGGCUGACAGGCAUGGCCAUCAAAAGCUACCAAGCUUGCAAUCCAAUCACUGCUUGUCAUCCAAGGACACUUAAGACUCAUCUGGGUGCCAUAUUAAUUUGAGCCCUCAUCUUUAGUUCUGUGUUCUAGCCUUAAGUCAAUCCCCAAGGGAAUUGAGUUUUGUGCGCCCCCCUCCCUGUUCACUCAAUGUAGUUGUCUUUUUUGUGAGCAUUUUCUCAUGACCAGACUCCAAAGAAAAUACCCCCAAGAACCAGAGCUGUUUUUGAGUGUUUGCAUAUGCCUUUAAAACACAAUUUCACCAGUGUUGCUUCUAAUCUCAGUGGUGCCUGACUUUACUUUGCUCUAGUGCCCUUUGGCUGCAAGUUUUCCUUUUCAAUUGGGCUGCCAUGCAGUCUACUGUGAAGGGAAAAAAGCAUCUUGUACUCAGGUAAAAACUGGAAUCACUUCUAAAAUCACAAACAAGAUGCUUCCUCCAGAAUCAAACGGCAGUGCACCAUGGCAUACUUCCCUGCUUUUUACCCCCAUUAAACAGGAUAAGAAGUGUGAGAGUGUGUGAAGUCAUUUGGCUGGAGUCGAUAUUUACCGCCAGUCUGUCUUAUCAUACUUCAGUUCCUUUACUUGAUUCAGGCAGUGGUUUUGAUUUGUUUACUGGCAGACUGGUCCUUUGGUCACUUUGCAGCUGCAGAAAAAAUGUCACUCAUUCUUGAACCACACCUCCAUCUAGUGGAGGACGGAAAUAUGGCCUCUUUGUUUAACACACCACAACCUCACUUGACUUCUCAUUACUAUUACAUGUUUAUCACUUUCCCAUGGUGAACUAUGUAUUUACUUUCUCAAAUGAUCUUCUAGUAGGGGAGACCUGGGCUUGUUGUCACACUUUUCACACUCUUAUUUAUUUAUAUAUAUAUAUAUAUAUAUAUAUAUAUAUAUAUAUCUUGAACUCAAUACAUCAUAUAUAAACAAAAUGUGUACCAGAUUAAAGACCAAAGUCUCAGGAAUAUAUUUCGUAUUCAUGUCAUUUCAUAUCAUGUGUUAGAGCAGAGUUAUAAGCAUCAAAUAAAAAAUUUGAACAUGUGACUUUUUGCCCCACCAUAGGGAAAGUUGUCUCACUACAUGGGGUAAAACGUCACAGUGGAUUUUGCAGCUGAUAAAACAAGGACAAAAUUAUUGCUGUUCUCAUUUUUUUACUUUAAAGUGAACAUCAAAGUCAGGCACAGAAAAUGUUUAGAGUUAGAGUUAGAAAAAAUCAUUGAACUUAGCCAUUGAACACACGUUAACAUAAAAUAUUAUGCAACAUGCUCUAGAGUUUGGAGAGCUGUCUGACUCUGUAUUUCAGCUGGGGUGAAUGUUUUGCAGUACCGAGCCAAGCUAUAGUAGUUGACAUUAAAGUCCGUUAUUGUACUCCAGAUUGAUUUAUUAGCUGGGGUCACCUGCCUGGCUGCCCUCAACAUCACGUCAGGUACUGCACUACCAAGUUCUGUUUUUCUUUUGUAAUUCCUGACCAUGUCUUUUUGCUUUCUCCUCUCCUUUAAGCAACUCUUUUUUCUGUAAAAGUAUAGGCAAAAUUUCAUUAUGACAACUGCUGAUAAGCAGACUCUCUAUGUUCCUCUUAAUACCCUUUAAACAUGUGACAACUAACCCCAAAAUGACUGAGACAUGAUGCCCCAAACUACCAUGUUUGCUUAUUAAAGCUCAAGCUUAAAGUUAGCUUAAAACAGAACAAUGACUGAGGUAUGACAGGAUGCCUUAGUCUCUCCAUGAACAAGUCCACAUGUAUCACCCCUAGGAUUUCAAUCUGGAAGACACUCAUUUUAAAAUAUAUAAAGUAUUUUUUUUUCCUUUGGGUUGUGCAUAAUGGUUAAUUGGCACUCAUCUCAGCUCACAAUGUGUUUUUCUCUUCUCAGACAGGACACGACCCCUAACCGUGUAAAGGAAGAAAACUAGUAUUCCACUUUUUAGUUGCGCCCUCUGGUGACAAAGAUAAUGGCAAUGUGACAACUUAAACAGGGUACACACAUAAAGAUAAUUGGGCUGUCUUUGUCCCGAUUUUCCCCCUCCUGACCAAGAACAACAAUCGGAAGAUUAUCUUAUGUCUUCUAAGAUUAUCCUAUAAGAUUAUCCUGUGGUCUGAGGUGUAUUAAGAGUGAAUUUGUCCCGAUAAUUGGGUCCGAGACAGGUUGGGGCCGACAAUUGUAAAUAUUAAACUUAUUCAAUAUUUAUGACCAAAAAUCUUCAUGUGUGUGGAGAAAGCCAACGACUCUCAAGACAUGACUCUGUGAAUUGUCACAUGAAACGGAAUUUAGCCAAUCAAGAAGCGAGCUGACUGAGGAACAAGGAACCAAACAAAGCAAUCAACACAUAAUAUAAUGCAAUAAUAAUAAUCACACCAGCCAUCAGCUUAAUUUGAGAAGAACUCACCUCUAGCUCGCUCAGUAGACCAUGAAGUCCGCGUUCACGAUGUCUCCAAGAUUUUUUCCACAGUCUUAUUUUUUUUUUUAAGUAUGGGAUUUUUCUGUCAAAAAUACUCCCAAAACCACCAUCAUUCCCUCCUCUUGUGUGUCCUCUUCCAUGUUGUGUAUUGUGUUUCCCGGUUUUUGCUAUGUUUCUUCUUCUUCGUUUUUGUUAGAUCACGUUUUAUCGCACGGGAUUUCUGUCUUGGAGGACUAGAUUCUAGAUCGUGGUGGAACAGAAUCGUUUUGUGUGUGGUGUACUGUGUUGAGAUUGUCGGAGCACACCACACAGAGUACGAUGAAAACUAUUCAAUGCCAGAUUUUUUAUCUUCAUGUGUGGGGUCUGUAACAGAUAAAAAAUCAAUUCUUAAAAAUCCUUAUGCGUGUACCCCGCUUUACCCAUGUGACAACAAUCCCCGGUCUCCCCUAUUUUUUAGUAAAAACCCUUCAAGCCUUCCUUGCAUACAAGUCUGAAAUUGGCUGCCUUAUGUGGGUGCAUCUUCUCAUGCGUUCAGCUGCUCUCUAUGUGUACACUGUAUUCUAGCUGCCUCAAAGGCCCUUGUUUUAGGAGUUAAACACAUCAGAAUAACAGGCUAACAACGCUCAACAGAGUGUGCACACUAAAUAUUUUGGUGUGAUUCAGACUUCCAGGCUUUCACUCCCACUCCACCUAUGUGCGUGCAACUACAAGAAUGUGUAAUGUGGCAGUUUGGUGUGGGAAAGACCUUGGGAAGAGCGUUUUCAUAAGCUGACAGAAAACUAUUUGUGGCUGAUAGACUGCACUGGCCAUGAAAGCACAGUGGUGUUUACGCUUUUACUUCAUUGCACUGAGCCGCUCUCCAGAGCCUGUAAAUUACACCACAGCACUGCAGGCUCACUUGUUGAAGCUGCUCUCUCUUUUUUAUUUGGCUGUGCGGGCGGAAAUAAGCAUGAUUAACUGUUUCAUAUUUUCUCAUCAAGGGUGGGAAUAAUCCCUAUGGUCAUGUAGUGUAGCUUUAUACGCGUUGUUUACCUCUGAGCAAGGCAGCCUGGGGUCAUUUCUAGUAGGUAGGCUAUCUUCGGUGUCUGCGCGCUCUGACCAGCAGUACCCCGCCCCCCUCCUUUACUUUGCUCCCGUGCUCCAGUCCUGAGACAAAACCAAGAGGGAGCACAACUUGACUGAGUACAGCUGACUAUUCAGUACCUCGAUAAAGUUAUUCUCACUUCAAAGAAGACUUUUUGUUUUCUAGUUUGAGUUAAAAUUUUUGCAUGCCAUUUUGUGUUUCAUCGCUCGAAUAACAUCUGAAAACUUUUCGGCAAAGUUCGGCUCAUUGGGCGGAGAGUUGGCUAAAUCUAUCCACACAGAGUUUAUAAAAGGCGAAUACACGGUAAGUUCCUCAAAAUGUUCCGACUGAAACUCCUUUAAAUGAACGACUUUUCUCAAUACAUCUGGCAUGCCUCUGCAGCCAUAAAAGUUUACUUAAAACACUACAAUUUGCAUAAAAAGUCUCCCGUGUUUACAUGUUUUUGCAUGCAGAAGUUCUACCUCUCUUGCUAAUAAACCGGGUAUCCUGAACAGGAUCUCCACCCCCCACCCCAGAAAUGAACGUGAAUGCGUGUCUGUUAAAUAACACAAAAAUCGGCUGAAGUUCAAUUCACUGUUUUUCUCUCCUGUUUGUGUGUGAAUCACGCGGAGUAAGUGAAAGUGUUUUCGUUGGCUCGGUUAUAUCCUGUGUGGGGGACAUGUCGCGCCAUUAGAGAAGUGAAAAACAGUUUCCUGUCACACUUUUUACUGAGAGCGGCAUUUAAUAACGCACAGCAACCCCCAACACUUUAGUGCGCCCUGUUUUCUAUCGCGUUAAUUGGCGAGAACGACAACGUGAAUUCGCAAGUGAGCUCGCGAUAAACUGUGAGUAACAAAAAAAAAGCUAUCCUCUUUUACCCGUUUUUACUUAUCUCAGAGUUUUGUGUUUUCUUAACAGACUUUCUUUCAGCAAAUUUAUGAUGAAAACAUUAGGAUAAAAUCCAAAAAGAAACCAAACUGCUAAAUUUUAAGAAGCUAGCCUGAUAGGGGAGAGUGGGGUAAGUUGAGCCAAAGGGUAAUUUGAGCCACCAUUUUAGCUUAGAGGACUAAUAAAGUCAUAAUAGUUCUGGGGUAAGUUGGGCCAUUUGGCCAGGGGUAAAACUAAGAAAGUAAAGGAGUCUGAUGAGAGGAUCAGAGUUUUAGUUCAGAUUGUUGUUAAUGUGUUACUUCUUCUUUUCAAAAAUACAGCUGUGAAUGUUCUGAAUCACUUAAAGACAUUCUCAUGUUUUUAGCAGUUAUAUGCAAUAAUAAUAAAUACUUAUUGAAUAGCAUAACAGAUAAAAAAAACACAUGAAUGUGAAGAAGUGACUGUUAUUUGGGGAGAGAGAUGUGAGGUAGGGCAGGGAUGGAGGGGGAGGGGGGAAGCCUCAACCUACCCCACUCCUAUGGUCAACUUACCCCGUACACGGGGUAAGUUGACCAUAGGAGACCACUUUUUUUUUGGCACACUAUAUUAUCAGGACAGUUAUGUUUACACUCAUUCUGUUGGUUUGCAGGGAUGCACAACAUCCUGAAAUAUAUGCAGAUACACUAGGUAGAGACAAAACUAUGAUUGCCUUGAUGUAGUGAUCUGAAAUAUGAAAAAUGGCUCAUCUUACCCCACUCUCACCUACUCGUGCCAAAUUCUUGAUAAGGGUAAAUUGUCAUCUGAUUUUGCCUGAUAUAAAUCAUGUCAGCAAGUACCAUUUUAUUAAAGACUGCCCUUGCUAAUCCUACUUUUUUUUUUAAUCCAUGCUAAUAAUUUUUCUUUGAGUGUUGCUUUCUGGGCUCUUUCCUGUCUCCCUUUUAUGAUCUCCUCAUGACUCAGACGGCCAACAAACAAGAUUAUUGGUUUGGUUCCUGUAAGAAUAACUUGCCCUGUAUUCAUUUGAUUAAACUUGAUUGGCAGGCCUUUGUUGUUAAUCCUGCUUCUGGGGUUGAAGUGCUCCUUUCUCUUAGCUCCAUGUUCACACCCCCCACUUCAGUCAUGCAUAAAUCCUUAGCAGCGCUUUGGGCCACAGAGGGAGUUUUUGGCUUCGCUAACGUAGGCUUUGAUCGCUGCAAUCCAAAAUAUUUUAUCCCACUGUUGAGAUUUUCUGCUAGGGUAUUUAUUACUUUUUUAUUUUUGUCACCAUGUUUUAGGAUUAAUUUUGUUAAAUCUGGCUGAAAAGCUUCGAAAACUCCUUCCACUAGAGUCUUCUAAUUGAGCACCUUCUGUAGCUCUUUGCUCUGGUCACAUGUGGCUGUCUGGUAGUAGACCCUUUCAGCCUGUAAGCAUGUAGGUCGUAACAGAAUCUCAAAGAAUGUCCCAACUAAUAAAUAGACAGAAAAACAGCGCUGGAAGAUUUCAUCCACCGUAAGUAAGCUGGAUGACCUAGCCAACGAUUGCAGACCCACUGACCAAAUAUCAUAUGCAACUCAACACCACCCUAGUUUAGUGCCCCAUCUACUGCCAAGUGCCAUUAACUGAUGAGCAGGGCCUGAAAUAGACCCUCUUUCCUUACCCUGAAUAAGGAGGCCAUGUUAUUAAGACACAUAUUCUGAUAACAUGGUGACCCUGUAAUGGGGCGUUUGGCCAAGACCAUCAAGUAAAGCCCCUCUGCUGACUUAAACCAUGAGAGCCUGUUAUUCCAGCCGAUGAAAACCCCCCUCUACUUCUCCAUUGUGGCUUCUAAAGAACCUCUCUGAAAUUUUAUUUCCUCUUUUUUUUUUGGCCUUUCAUUGAAAAUGUAUUUGCUCCGAGAUACGUCUCUAGCCUAAACUGUAUUUUGGCUUCAAUUUUGUUUGCAAUGGGAGUACAUUACUGUGCUUAAAACCAACAACAGGUAACCCGCACAUGCCUGAAUAGCAGAAAACAGAGGCCUCUUUGUUUGAAAGGUGGUUUCAGUUGCUUCUGGAUCCCUUUUUGACCUGAGGGAGUAAGAUUGCCUGAAGUUUUUAUCUGCGUAGCACAUAAAUACGCCUAAACCUUCUAUAACAGCAUCACAGUAACAUCAUAAAAGAGCAACAAGCGCAAUAAUGUGAGCACAUUCACUCAUAGGGAUGGUAUGAAGACAUUUAUUACUUGUGUUUAUUUCAGGUACGAUGGAUGCCCUGGUGUUGGUGGCGUUGAGCUCCUGGCUGGCUCCUGCACUGGGUGAGCAUAAACAGCCUCUUUUCUGUUCCCCCUUAAAAACCAAUCAGUGUGAGGGUGCUGUUAUUUUUUUUGUGGUGCUUCAGUUUUUCUGUAGUGUUAAUUUCAGAGACUCCUUUAUUCUAAAACCAGCUACUGUGUCUGUGUAACAGGAUCAGCAUUUGGUAGGGAAGUUCUGGGUAAGUUUGCUGCAUUGGAGUAGUUUUAGAGCAGCAGUGCAUGGCAUGUUGAUAUCUAAACCUUGUUUUUGUUGUUUUGGCGGAUCUCUGUUUCAGUUUUUUCUUUUUCUUUUUUGGAGUGCAGAGAUUUUUUUUUCAGUCUCAGUUUUUUUUUUAGUGUGGUCCCCUGACAAAGGCCAUGUCAGAAAAGUGUAAAUGUUUCCACUGUACUGCAGUUUGACUAAUCAUUUAUUCAGACUCUUGCCAAGUUUUUUCCAUUGUUAAUGCAGGUCCUGGGCUUUGGUUUGCUUCUCUGAGCGCCCUGCAUGCUGUCAGUCCAGCUUGAUGUUAAGCAGCUUUGCCUUCACUCAGAGCCUUUCCACCUUCUCUGACUCUGAGGUCUGUUAGUGCCAGACCUCUUUUUAAAAGCUUGUUAAUAUGUUAAAAUGUUUUUUGUUUUUUUUUUGGCUUCUUCGAGGAAGCGUCCAAUAUUAGUACUGUGCUGCCUCAUAAUGAGGUCAGUGUUAACCAGCUUUCUAACCUGGCUCUUCUUUAAAAAAGAUUUGGAGUGUGUAGAAUAUUAUUCAGAAUUUGGUGUUGUAUUUUUCCUCAUAUGUGAAGAUUUGAUUGACUCUUACAUCUCUUGUAAGCAUGUUUCUUUCCCUCUCACAACGAAACUUUUGUUGAUGAGCUGUUGGAAUGAGCUCCGAAAACAAACUUUUUAGAAGAUAAACAGAUUAUCAUCUUACUGUUUCCAACAUCAGUCGUCCAAGUUUAGAGAUAGGCUCCACUGUGAGGACUGCCUGACAUUUAAAAAGCUGCUCACAGUCUGUUCAAUAUUUUAAUGAGAGCUGUAAAAAGCAGAACACAUUAAUGAUGCAAAAUGUUGCAGAGAACAAGCAGAAAAGUAUUUCCCUGACCCCCCAUGUGCUUCUCCAAGGUCACAUUGUUCUCACUUCUAACACUGCUGCUCAAAUAAACAAAGUGUAUUUGUCUUUAUCCUUAUUCCAAGUGAAGUUAUCUCCUUAAUUAUUUGUGUUUUUUUUCUUUCCAUCACUAAACAUAAGGCUAGAAUUGUGUUUUUUGGCUAGUAACCAAAUGCUGUAUGCUUCCCAGUAACAUUUAAAAAGAUGAAACGUGAACGCAGCCAUCAUGUUUUUCCACAUGGGAGAGGAGAUGUGAAAGUGCAGGCUGCUCUUUACUUUCCAUAUCCCUGAGAGUAAGCAGAGAAAAAACAGAUUAGAGAAAUGAAAUAGUUAGAAAGAAAGCUAACAAAACAAUGGAUAGAGGAAUCGUUUGAAGUUCUGGUGCACUAGGGAAGUGAUUUUUAUUUGACAGUGUCAGAAGUUAGCUGAGCACACGAGCAUUUAAAGCUUCUCAGGGGAGUUUAGAGCGGGCGAUGAAACGGAUCAAGACUAAUCUGAUAAAUCUAUAUGACCUAUGAGAGCAAAACAGACCAUCAGCAAAAAACAUGAGUUUUCAGUGGGGUUAUGUGACUGGCUAAAACUGCUGUCGUUCACUGAAAAACCUUUUAUUUAACCAUAUCAACCACAGAAGAGAUAAAAACGGAUCCCAACUGUUACAAAAAGUAUGAUAAUUUUCUUUUUUUCUUCAAAACACCGUAUUUUUCAGGCAAUAAGACGCACCGUAUUACAAGGCAUACUGUGAAUUAACGUGUUUAUGUUCACACAUAAGGUGCACCGGAUUCUAAGGCACAUUAAGCAUUGAUUGGUUUAUUGUUGCGAGCAUGUUCUCCGGACCCGGGCUUCCUUACAUGAAUGCACAGUCAGGCAGUCUUGUUGACUACUCAGGGGUCCUGUUACGGGGCAGAUCAGGUAGUGACACAGCGUACCUCAAUGCUCCAUUGAGCGAAGCAGCUUCGUUGCUCACCAAAGUCACACUUACACAUUUCAACAGAUUUUUGAGCACAUUGUACCACAUAAAAUCAGUCAGUCAGCACAAGUAACCAUACAUAAGACACACUGUCAAAUUUUGAGAAAAUAUAAGGAAUUUAAGUGCGCCUUAUAGUCUGAAAAAUAUGGUAACACUGUUUACAGAACUAGCAGGGGGUUGCCAAAAACACCCUGAAAAUCCCUCACAGAAGCUUUAUUUUAAAGCUAACCUUUUUUAUAAGUUUACAUACUUUACAUACAAACAGAUGACAUGCCUGUACUGAAGGAACGCUGCUGUAUGUCUACAUGGAUUGAAGCCUGAGGCUUAGCUUUCAGCCUCUCUGAAGACUGAAUUCUGUCCGCUGCUACAAAUGUCACCAUUUGCUUCCACCCUUCUAUAUGAAUGUGUUUUAAUGACUAAUGAUUUUCUCUUUUGUUCACAGCUUCAGCAGCAGAUAAUGAAAAAGGUGGGUAUUAUUCGAACAGAAGCACGGGAAAGUCAAAUUAAGAUAAGCUGAGCACUCGUUUUAGCCGACAUAUAAAUUAGUACUGGCACUAAAGGGUCUAAUGACUAGAUGAAUGACCAAGGCCCUAAAACCGCUGAAUAGUUGUCACAUCAGGAGUACUCUGUGAAGUGUGUCAGCAGCUAAAUCUGCUUCUCAUUUGUUUCCCCUCUCUGUUCUCUCCUGACAGACUAUGACAGCGCUUUUCAGUACGGUGAGUGCAAAGCAGAUAAACAUGUUCUUCUAAUGACUGACCCGGUGCUCUGGAAACAUCUGGGAGGCCAAGAUGAGUUCGUGCAUUUUCCACUUGUUUUUCCAAGAGUGAUGGAAAUCUUUCACCCCAAGGUCAAGAUUCUGGGGCACCCCCGCUGCAAAUACAGCUAAUUCUGUCUGCUGAAGGCUUAGUUUAAGUCCCUUUUCAGCCAGCAAAGAGCACAGUCUGAUUCAAAAUCUGCACUGCUAUGUUGUCACGAGCUUACAUGAAUAGUGUUUUUGUUUUUAUCCGUCACUAAUUUGGACAGGAGGCAUUUUUGAUAGUGUUCCUCAUACUUAUUUGUGCUGUUUCAGCCACCGCCGAUGCCUUUACUGAAGGCUACAAAAGCAGUGGUUCGCAUCCGGGGGUCAGGCCUCUCAGGGUUCCCAAGAAAUAAACAGGAAUAAGAGAGACAAUCUCACCCCCCCAGCAAAGUUCUGUGUAUUUGAACUUUGACUCUUUUGGUCUGUUUAAUCUUUUUUGGGAAAUUCUGGAUACUGUGUUUUUGCGCCUCAAGAAGUUAAUCAAAUAACAAUCAAAGAAGGAAAAACAUCUCUUAUAAAAAUUCAAGUAGACAAACAUCCUCUCAGAUUGUUGGGGGUCAAUCAUCAACAAGGUUAGAAAAACUGAUAAAUAGACUUUUUUCCGCCUCAAAACUUUGAUUUAAUGAAAUUGUGGCCAGUAUUAGUUUGUCUAAAUUACCCUUAAGUCUACAGUUAGCUGCAGAGUUAAAGUUGACCAUGUUUACUGUUGUGGCAGCUGCAGCUCUCUGGUAUUUGUGGUGUCCCAACAUAUUCAUUGUGGUCUGCUAAAUAUUUUUGCAAUGCUGGUCUUGGAUCAAAAUGUGGCCCCAAGAGUCCUCAGAGGGCUUUUAAAUCAUGCAAAUUUUAUCUCUGGAAAUGUUUAUCUGUUACCCUUCAUGCUUUAUGAAAUAUUUUAUUCAUUUCAGAUUAUGAAUCCCUGAGGAUUGGAGGCUUGGUUUUUGCAGUGGUGCUCUUCCUGAUGGGUAUUGCCCUCAUUGUCAGUAAGUCUUUGACCCCCUCACACACACCACAGAUGUGUAAUACUCAGCGUCAGUGUCACCACACUGAGAUCUGUGUUUGUGUGAGUUGACUUCAUCUUCCCCUUAACUGGUACUCUGCUAAAAACAAGCAGGCUUCUGUCUGUGUCUCUCAGAUGUCUGGAAAGGAGGCACACUGGUGCAUCUUGCACAAUCUCAGCGACAUAACACUCCUGUGAUCCCUGUGUCACAGCAAUUUGCCCUUCAUACCCUAUCCCUUUACUUGCUCCGUGUCCUUGCAUGGUUCCUCCUCCCACCUGCCAGUACAUGCUGUCAGAGCCAGCAGUAGCCCUGAAACCAAAACCAACCGAUAAAUAAUUCAUCUGAACCCACACACUCUGCCAAACUUUCUGCUGCUGUUAGUUAAGAUCACUGAGGAUUAUUUACUGCACUCUGAAGAAAGACGUGUCAGAGGAGAACAGAUUAUAUCAUAAAAAACAGCAAAUAAAUCUAUAAUGAAGUUGAUAAACCGGAUUUGAAGGGUAUCAUCUGUCAUCCAAAUGUGAAUAUGUAGCACUGCCACAGCUUUGAAGAACUGAAGCUGAUAAACAAAUCAUAAAAGACACCCAUUUUAACAGGUUGCUGUUAAAGAAUAUGUAGUAACUUCUUCUAUUUCUUUGGAGACAUAUAACAUUUACAGUCAUGACAGUGUGUCUUCUCCAUUUGCAGAUUUUCCACACCUCUUUUGGCGACAGUGUUUUUUGACCCCCCAAAAAAAUCAUCCUGCUUUUUACAAUCACAUAUAUCACACUGUGAAUAUUUACAGUGAAAAAAACAUGAAUAAAAACAAACCAAAAUUCAAGCUGUUAAUCUGCUUAUCUGGCACAUACCCCAUGGCAUUAGCAUUAAAACUGGCUUUACGCAAAUUGUAAAGUUUGUGUUUUUUCUUGUAGGUUUGAAAGAGACAUUAAGAUUGAUUCAAAUUUUUGUUGUUACCACAGGAAAUUAUUCACAGCAGCUUUAAAGAACAUCCUCAGUCAUACUUAGCUCGAUAUGAAAAUGACCUAUUUAAAAGCAGCGGAUUUGGUGAAAGCCUUUCACUGAAAGACUGCGCAACUAGUUGGGUAGUUACUGUGUUAAAAUGAGAAUAUUCCAGAAGUCCCCAGAAGCAAAUAAAAGACACGCCCUUCAUUUUAAAACAUUGUAUUACAAUCAACUUUGAAAACUGUUCAGUCAAAAUCGAUGACAGAAGGCAGCUUUUGGCACCUCUCACUGUCAGGAUGAGCGUAACCUUAAAGAUGAGCUCCUCUUCAAGAUGCUCCCAGCUUUAUUCUUAGGUCUGACAGUAUGUAGGUCACCGGGCUGGUUUAGGGUUUCCCAGCUGUUUUGGUGGUCAUGCCAACUCUUCAGUUAGUAUUCUGUAACAAAGUCAACCUAUGUGACUUUGCGGCUCCGACUGAACAUGUAAACAGCCGGUCUGUGGGCCAAGAGGGCAGCGUCAACAGAAUAUUUGUGAAGACAGCAACUUUAUUUUAGAUCUGCUUGUUUUUAACGCAGCCUUGAAGCACCUCUGAUCUUUAACGCGGUAGAUCAGUUGUGAUAAGGAUGUUUUGUUUCUUGGACAAAAAAGGAAGCAGGAAAUAAAUAUGCUAAGGGUGCUUGUGAAUGUAUUGAAUGGUAUCAACAUUUCCCCCCAAGCUUCUGUGGUGUUUAGGCAAAAUAAAGUGGCUCUAAAUGACAUAACAACCAAGGCUAAAUGUUUAAACUCUUCUUAUGGACUUGCAUAUUAUACAAAUGCUGCAAGCUGGAAGUUGUUCAACAAACUGGCUCAUUUAUUUUGGGCAAACAACUGAAUUUUGCUCUGAUUUAGGCACAUGAAUAAAGUCUUGAGCUUGGGCCAAUAAGCUGCAAGCUUAUAAGGCCUCGCAAGGCUCACAGCCCAGAUGGGCUUACUGGCACACGUUCAAGACUGUGUUCUUGUACCUAUCAAGGCGUGGAGCAACAUCUUUCUCUUCUCGCACAGGAGCUGAGGUUGGGGGGUACAGUGCUGGCAGUUAAAGCUUCCUGCAGUCUUUCAGUAAUAUUUUACAUUUCUCGUAUGGAAGCAGCGUCCUAUUUUUCUUUGCGUGUAAAUAUGUUUUUCUUGUGCUUUUCUCCUUAAUAGGUCGAAAAUGCACCUGUUCAAAGAGUGAAAAGCCUAGGUAAUCAAGUUACUUUGUUUUCUGUUAUGAGAAAUAAAUUGAAUGUUUAUUUUCAUUGACAUUUCUUUUUCUUUUUAUUUUAUAUUAGACCCAGAGGUCCUGAUGUAGAAACAGGAGGUCCAAGGGGUGAAUACAAAUUUCUCUCAUGUAGUAAUUAUAAUAAUAAUGAAUUUAAUAAUCAUAAUAAUUUUAAUAAUCAUUUUUUAAUAUAUUUUUCUUUUCUUGCAGCCUAA